UCAGGAAAAGACGUCUCAGAGUGAAAGUCAAGAGGUUCUGAUCGCCUCUGGCCUGUACCAGUAUCCCUCCUCUGGAGAAGCAUAGCUUGUUCAGGUGAUUCACCUCCAUCGAAGCACUCAAACGAGAGAUAAUUGCAUGAAUAUCCGAACCUCAUCACCCACUGUAGCCCAUGCCUAAAUAGCACGAUCAUCCUGCGCAACUCUCUCGGGAGACACAAUUUCUCCACAAGAAGCCCAUUCUGUUGUACACCACCCUUUCCUCUGAUCUGGUGAUGGGGAUUUCUUGUCUGGGAGGUCAACAGUGCGUUGCUUUGCUCGGGCUCGAUCCACCUGAUCCACUGAACGUAAACUGGUUGGUUGUUAGACGCCUGAAUUCCUCAUGGGACGUCGUACAGACAUGUCGACGAGAAAGUACUGGAGGGUUUAUCAGUGAGCCCAAAGGACGAGUUUCCUUUGGAAGUGGUCCUUUGGGUUCAACGAAACCGUCUCGGAGGGCAUGCUCACGACGAUCUUUGCAUGCGGGGACUCAAUCUGGAAGCUCAAUUGCAUGGACCGAGAAGAUGCAGGAGCCCGUGUGGACCACCUGUGGAGCUCAGGUCCUUCAUGGGGGCAUUACACGAGCGGCAGAUGCUAGGCACGACAGCGUACAGGCCAAAUUCUCAAGAUCAAGUGAGCUCAGGCUUUGUUAGAUAGCCACAAUGCAACAAAUGAGCAGUUGGCAUUCUGUAGGCUGGGACAGUCACUACAUGUCAUAUUCUCACCGUUUUCCCAGCAAUCUCCAUUGGUCCCGACACCGUUCGGAUGAGCUCUCUUUCCUGAACAAGUUCGGAUUGCUACAGACACCUUUUGUGCCAACCAGCACAUUCUCUUGAGCAAACCUUUCAUUGACAGAAGAGGCUCAACACAAGCUGUGACAGAAGCACUUGUCGCUAUCAAAAGGUCUGAGCUCACCACCGAGGCAGAACAAAAGUUGCAUAAUUCACAGGAAGAGAAGGUUGUCUAGUAUAGUAAAUUAUUUUACCACAAUAAGUGUCUUACCUUUCGAGGUGAGGUAUAAUUUCCAACUAAGUGGCACAGUCAAGUCACACACAUUCUGGAUCUACAUGUGUCUAGAAUUUUCGACACCUUUUUAAACAGAAGGUAUGGUCGUACAAUAUGGUCGUACAAUUCCCUCGUAAGGCUCAUAUAUCUUAGUUCUGAAUGUGGUGUACUAAUGACCUGAAAUUUUAAGAAAGGCUGAAAAUUACAAUAAGAUAUGAAC